ACAUGAUCGUGAUCGAUUCUUCUUUGUGGACGAUGGUUCCUGUUCAUGAUUGCAUCUCCAGCCUUGUUUACUGUAUGAGAAGUGAAAACAUAGCCUCCAUAAUGUGCAACGGCCGUUGGAUCAUGAUCGACAAGAAGAUCACGACCGUCGACGAGGAAGAAAUUGUGGGGAUGGCGAGGAAGGCUUCAGGUCAUCUUUUGAAGAGAGCUGCAAUUCAAAUUCCUACCAAGAUGAAUUUUUUAUAGCUUCUUCUUCUAUAUCAUUUUAUAAAUUGAUAUUCCCGUGGAAUUUCGCAGCGGUUGCUCGAACGAGUGUGUAUAGUAAAAUAAAAUAAAAUAAUAUUUGUGUGGGUUGUGACUGGCAAA